GAGUAAAGAACCCUGAUUUUAUAUUCCAUUUGCACAAAGGCAAAUCGAUUUCUCCCAAAAUCCUCUCUUAGUUGGAAAAGAGAAUCAUCGAGAGAGAGGUGAAUCGAGAUGGUUGAAACAAGACGGGGUAAGAGGAAGGAGAAUCCGACGAUUGUUCAGACGAACGAAGCGGAGAAGAAGAAUCGAAAGAAGAAAAAGAAGACGGAGACGUCAGAGGAGCCAACGACAGUGACAGAUGGGGUUCUGUCGGAACCGAUAAAUGUACUCGCGGAAGCUGCGGCAGCUGUUGGUAAAGAAGGGUCUCAACCGAGCAAAUGUUCUCCAAUUUCAUCUAGUGGAGCAUCACCAUCGAAAGAGGAGGAGGAAGAAGACGCAAGCGAGCAGGAACUUCCAAGUGAGCAUGCGGGAUCUGAUGAAGAAACUGAAGAAGAGGCGGGUGGUUCUGAAAUUGAGUGAGCCGGUUGCCUAUGGAGAGGAGAAUGACGGUGAGGAUGAAGUCGGAUCCGCUGAUGUCCCAGAGGAUAAGGAAUUGGAAGGUGUAGUAGAAGGUGAUAAGGAUGUGGCCGAGGAGGGGAAGGAGGACGACGACAACGACGAGGAGUUUGAGCCCACCAAGGCAAUCAAACCAAGUAGGAUGUUCUUCUAUCAUACGGAGUACAAGAAACAGAUAAAGCUAGAGACAAGGUGUUUGAUAGUAGACGUUAUUCAGACGUUUAAGACUCUGAAACCGGAGCCAAGCAAUGCGGAGAAGAGGUGGUUUGAGGAGCAUCCACAGUUCCGUCACUUGUUCCAUAUGAAACUGGACGCAAAUGCAAAGAAGAAGAGCUCAAACCACAAGGUUCAGGAAAUGUGGAUGUUGUUACUGCGUACUGCCGAUGUCGUGAGGAGAAGAGAAGUGUGGUUCAUUGUAAAUGGUGUUCCUAUCCGUUAUGGGCUGAGGGAACACACAUUGAUAUCAUGCCUAAACUGCCGCAACUAUCCUCUCGGAUACAUGCAGUUUGGUGAUAGGAAAUUUGUAAAGCGUCAUUUUCAAGGAGGGAGAACCAAUAAGGUUGGAGGAUGUGAAAGCAAAGCUGGUGGCAAUGGGACCCCAUAGAGAUAGGCUGAAGAUGAUGGUUCUAUUCUUUUUAGGAAGUGUUAUUUGUGCGCAAACGAAAGUUGGGCCAGGAGCCACUGAUGUAUUGGACUUUUUUCAAAGAGAUGUGGAUGAUCUUGACUUCUGCAAGACGUUUCCAUAGGAGAGAUACUCCUUUGAUUAUAUGGUCAAAGAGAUCUCGCACACAAUGGAUUAUUUUGGAGGAUUGGUGAAAGAGAAGACGCUAUAUAUGGCCACUUUCAGGUUUUUGUAUUCCACUAGAGCUUUUCGCUUUCGAGGCAAUUCCUAAGUUGGGAAUGAGGUUUAGACAACCAGUUGAAGAACUUGAUGAAGAGUGUUCGAGGAUGUGCCAGUCAACGUUCAAAAAAACUGAAAUGAAAGGGAAUCCUCUUGCCAGUGUUAAUCGGGAACUGGAUAGUGUUAAGGUAAGUGUUUCCUCCUACAAAUUUCAUUCAUAAUUGGGAAUUUAAGAAAAAUUAGUGAAACUGGGAUAAUUUGGUAAAACUGUUUGAGGAAAACUACGGAAAGAUGAAUAAAACUGGGAUGAUUUGGUAAAACUGUUUGAGGUAAACUGGAAUAACGGUCAUUUUUUUAUAUUAGUCACAAGAUAUUCACAGCAUCCUGCCUACCAGAAAUAAUGAAGAAAAGGCUCUUUUGGCCGAUCUCACAGAACCAUAGGAUGACGUUGAUGUGUCUGAUCUUGCUGUAGAGAGCUGGGAAAAGCGUAUCAGUGAAGGAUAUCCAGCUUUUUUCAAGGCAUAUAUGAAGAAGACACUGAGGCGCGAAAGGUAAAUGCAGAAGAGGCAGUCCUUGAAGACAUUGGUCGAGAGGAAGAAGUGGCAGAGCAGAAGAAGUUGUUUGAGGAUGUGAUCCAAAAACUGGAAACUAUUGGAGAUCAGCUAGAGGCAGUGGUGAAGACGCAAGAAAAAUUUGAGGAAAGGUUGGGCGCGCUUGAGUCCGCUGUGAAGGAAUCUAAGAAGGAGAAGGGGAAGAGGAAGUGAAGAAAAGAAAAAUAAGGAACUUGUUUUGUUGUUUCGGCUUGUAGAAGUAUUUUUAACUCUAUGCUUUUUCUGGAUAUUUAGGAAGUUGUUUUGUGGAUGUUACAAUUUCGGGAUCGUUUGAGGACGUUAGAAUUUCAAAUUCAUGAUGUUGCAAUUUGAAUUUCAUAAUAGA